AUGAUCCAUCGAUAUGGAGCCCUCGGCGCAACCUUCCAACUCGCCCGCCUAUUCCAGUUCUGCUCCCUCAUCGCUAUAAUCGGAAUGAUAGCCAAGUUCAUAGCGGUGAUCGUCGGAGAAAACGACACACCACCCAACGUUCUAAUUGGGACAAUCAGCGUGACUUGCAUCGCAGUUAUCUACUGCAUAAUCUCCGAACUCCUCUACCUAGACAAUAUCCUGCCAUUCCUGCCUUCGGCAGGCAUGGACUUCCUUAUCCUAAUCGGAAUGAUCGUUGUCGCUGUCAUAAUGGGGCAACCCCUAUCAUACUUGAAUUGUUCCUCGCUUUCUGAUCUAGGCGAUAAAGAUGCCGCUGCGUAUGCGUUUUCGGAGCAUUUGGAUGGAUAUAUUGACAGCCUGACUGGCAAGAUUGAUUACGAGGCGUGGAUUGGAGCUUCCAAAGCGAUUUGUUUGGAGACGAAGGCUGUUUGGGGGUUGAGUAUUGCUCUGUGUAUUUUGUUCUUCUUUUCGAGCAUUUGUGGUGUAAUUCUGUGGAGACAGAAGAAGAUCCUGUUGGCGAGCGAGGAAAAGUAA